CUUAAAAGGCAACUUGGACUUUUUCCCAUUGUGAUGCCACUCUGGCUCAUAUGGGUGGUUUGUGGAUCGGUAGGUAGACCAGCAUCUAAAGUAGAACAAAACAAUAAAAGGUAAAGGACAGGUACUUUGUAAAAUCUGUGGUUCACUGUGCUUAUAAAAAACAUGUUUAUAAAAGAUGUAUGGAAACACGAAAGUCAUUUACAGUUCUAAAAAUUAAACCCUCAAAAUGAUUCCACAGCACUCUGUUUUUGUUUUGUUUUAAUUUAAAGACUAAAGUUAGUUCUUAUAUUAAAGUCCUGUGAGAGCCACAGGGGUUUCAUCUAUGUCUACUCAUUUAUUCUCCAAAUAUAUUCAUAUUUGAUUAAAUUUUAGAAGCAAAUGUUUUUGCCUCAUUGCGGAAUGAGAGGUACAGCAGCAAUCCUCAGAUAUGAAAGCCAGGUUUUAAAAACUAGCAGUCUGUGGUUUUCUUUGAUUUUGAAUUAUCAAUGAGGAAAACAAAUUUUACGUGUAAAGCAGUCUCGGUCUGGAGAAACCACUUAAAAACUUUACUAUUUUUGUAUUUAUUUAUGAUACAAGGUAUAAAAUAAUUUUAUACAAAAUAAACAUAACAGAACUUAUGUUUCAUGUCAUUUAUUGUAUGUGACAACAGGAAAUUUAAAAAUAGUAGUUUGACAGUCAGAUAGGGAAAGUGUUUAUGUAGAACAGCAUAUACAUGAGACAGGAAAUUCAUAACUAGGAGCAAAACAGGAAGUGGUAAUUUAUAUAACACUGUACAAAACCACUAAGUUUCAGCAGACUUCUGAACAGUGGGCAAAUAACAUAAAAAAGACAUGGCAGCUGAAGUAUAUCAUAAGAAACAUAUCUGCGUUCCUACAAUCAGUCUGACUGAAGAGUCUUAACCAUUGUUCAACACUAUCUGUUAGGAAACAGCAUACACGACACAAAGAUAAUGUUAGAAGGAUUCUACAGCAAUCUUUGGUACUGGACAUACACAAAACCUCUUCAGCUUUUGCCCUCCUGGUCCCUUGCCUACCACCUUUAGCUUGUUUCAGAUUCCUUCAAACAUUUUACAUGAUUUGCAAUGGUUACAUGAACUUUUGGGAAGUGGUAUUUGUACCAUCUCAUACUUUAUUCACCAUGGAACUUUAGGGAACAAAAUUGGAAAAAGCUUCCAAAGCAUAAUUAUAAAAAAUGAAUCUUAUUGUUAAGCUUCGGAGAAGUUUUCGAACACUGAUUGUUCUCUUAGCUACCUUUUGCUUGGUGAGCAUUGUCAUUUCUGCCUAUUUCCUCUACUCUGGCUAUAAACAGGACAUGACACUUACUGAAACCACUGCAGAACCAGAAUGUGCUGACCUCAAAAUUCUACCAUAUCGAUCAAUGGAGUUAAAAACAAUUAAACCUAUUGAUACAUCCAAAACCGACCCUACAGUCCUCCUAUUUGUGGAGAGCCAAUACUCGCAACUUGGUCAAGACAUCAUAGCGAUCUUGGAGUCCAGCCGAUUUCAGUACCACAUGGUCAUUGCCCCUGGCAAGGGAGACAUACCUCCCCUUACAGAUAAUGGCAAAGGGAAAUAUACUUUAGUUAUUUAUGAAAAUGUUCUGAAGUAUGUCAGCAUGGACUCAUGGAAUCGAGAGCUUUUAGAAAAAUACUGUGUGGAAUACAGUGUUAGUAUAAUUGGUUUUCAUAAAGCCAAUGAAAACAGCAUACCAAGUACACAGUUAAAAGGCUUUCCUUUAAACCUUUUCAAUAAUCUAGCUCUAAAGGAUUGUUUUGUCAACCCUCAGUCUCCUUUGCUGCAUAUUACCAAAGCCCCCAAGGUUGAGAAAGGACCUCUUCCUGGGGAAGACUGGACUAUUUUCCAGUAUAAUCAUUCAACCUACCAGCCUGUGCUUUUAACCGAAUUACAGACAGAAAAAUCCCUUCCACCUUUGCCCAGCAAAACACUCUACGCCACAGUGAUUCAGGAUCUGGGGCUUCAUGAUGGAAUUCAGCGAGUUCUUUUUGGCAACAACUUAAACUUUUGGCUGCACAAGCUCAUCUUCAUAGAUGCCAUUUCCUUCUUGUCAGGAAAGAGGCUGACACUGUCUUUAGACAGGUACAUCCUUGUGGACAUUGAUGACAUCUUUGUUGGAAAGGAGGGAACGAGGAUGAAUGUCAAAGAUGUGAAGGCAUUACUAGAGACUCAAAAUUUACUGCGCACUCAGGUUGCAAAUUUUACCUUCAACCUUGGAUUUUCAGGGAAGUUUUACCACACAGGAACUGAUGAGGAAGAUGAAGGCGAUGACCUUUUGCUUGGGUCUGUGGAUGAGUUCUGGUGGUUCCCUCACAUGUGGAGCCACAUGCAGCCCCACCUCUUCCACAAUGAGUCAUCCUUGGUCGAGCAGAUGAUUCUCAACAAAGAGUUCGCACUAGAGCAUGGAAUCCCAAUCAGCAUGGGCUAUGCGGUGGCACCACAUCACUCAGGGGUCUAUCCAGUUCAUAUUCAGCUUUAUGCAGCGUGGAAAAAGGUUUGGGAUAUUCAAGUCACGAGCACUGAAGAGUAUCCACAUUUGAAGCCUGCCCGGUACAGAAAAGGCUUCAUUCACAACAGCAUCAUGGUUCUCCCUCGACAGACCUGUGGGUUGUUCACGCAUACUAUUUUCUACAAAGAGUAUCCAGGAGGACCCCAAGAAUUGGAUAAAAGUAUCAGAGGAGGUGAACUUUUCCUCACAAUCCUUCUAAAUCCAAUCAGCAUUUUCAUGACGCAUUUGUCAAACUAUGGGAAUGACCGCCUAGGAUUAUACACCUUUGUGAAUCUGGCCAACUUCGUCCAGAGCUGGACCAACCUGAGAUUGCAGACUCUGCCUCCAGUGGAACUGGCCCACAAGUACUUUGAGCUCUUCCCAGAGCAGAAGGACCCUCUCUGGCAGAAUCCAUGUGAUGAUAAACGGCACAAAGACAUCUGGUCCAGAGAGAAAACUUGUGACCAUUUACCAAAAUUCCUUGUGAUUGGACCACAAAAAACAGGAACAACUGCACUUUAUUUAUUUCUUCUUAUGCACCCUUCCAUCAUCAGCAAUCUCCCCAGCCCAAAAACAUUCGAAGAAGUUCAAUUCUUUAAUGGGAACAACUAUCACAAGGGAAUUGACUGGUAUAUGGACUUUUUUCCUACUCCAUCCAACAUUACAAGUGACUUUCUGUUUGAGAAGAGUGCUAAUUACUUCCAUUCAGAAGAAGCUCCCAAGAGAGCUGCAUCUCUUGUCCCCAAGGCCAAGAUCAUCACCAUCCUCAUUGACCCCUCAGACCGGGCAUACUCUUGGUACCAGCACCAACGAUCACAUGAAGAUCCAGCUGCCCUGAGGUUUAAUUUCUAUGAAGUUAUUACAACAGGACAUUGGGCUCCACCUGACUUAAAAACUUUGCAGAGGAGAUGCCUGGUCCCUGGAUGGUAUGCAGUCCACAUAGAAAGAUGGUUAACUUAUUUUGCUACUUCUCAGUUGCUAAUUAUUGAUGGACAGCAGUUGAGAUCUGACCCAGCUACUGUGAUGGAUGGAGUCCAGAAGUUUCUGGGAGUUACACCUCUUUAUAAUUACUCUGAAGCACUAACGUUUGAUCCCCAAAAGGGCUUUUGGUGUCAACUCUUGGAAGGAGGAAAGACCAAAUGCCUUGGGAAAAGCAAAGGCCGAAAAUAUCCUCCCAUGGAUCCAGAGUCUAGAACAUUCCUCUCUAAUUACUACCGAGAUCAUAAUGUGGAACUGUCCAAACUGCUGCAUAGACUGGGGCAACCCCUGCCAUCAUGGCUGAGACAGGAGCUGCAGAAAGUAAGAUAGCACUGGAGACAAGACCAAGGCUCUCAAGACACUUACUUUUGCUAUUAUAUACAAAAAAGAAACGACCCCACAAGUUUUAUCCCCUAAUGCACUUGUGGUUGUCUUCAGAGGACUGUGUGAAUAAAUUUCCUUCUAUCUUUUUCAUAAAAUGAAAACCGUUAUACAUGCACGCAUUGGCAAUUACUAUCAAUCCCUGUGUGACCUUCUGGGAAAUAAUGUGGGGUUGUGUAGCAUUAUCCAGUUCCUAGUGCGGAGAUCAUAACACGGCCUAGUUCCUCUGUUAACCAGAAGGUUUUAGAAACUCUAUGACCCGUAAGCCUUUUUACAUGCAAGUGACAAAUUACAAUCUUGAGGAUAAAGAUAGGGAUUGAGAUAGCUGUAAAUGAGGUUAGUGGUAACCAAUAUCUGAAUUAAGGGCUAACAUUUUUUCCCUUGCUAAUUUCAAAACAAUUUUGCUUUUGCUAUGAAAAUAAAUUACAUUACCCCAUGCUCUCAUUUUUUCAACAUUCUUUAUUUAUUCAAAAUAUGGCCCAUGUCUAUUUUCCUCUGUUCUUACUCCUCUUUAUGAAUUUCAUUGACUUGUUAAAAAAAAAAAAAAAGCCAUGAAGUUGGUAGCUUUCCAUGUUUUUUGUCUGUUUUCCUCUUAUAGGGGGGGACUAUUUGAAAGGUUCCAUCUUCAUUGAUAAUGCUGUUUUAUCUGGCAAGGAAUACCAUUCUCAGUGAGCUUUGCAUUACACUUCCAACGAAUCUGUCACGGAGUUUUGGAAUCAAGGAACAACAAUGCAUGCUUUGCACACUAUCACAAGUAUGCAAGGCCAUCUUUAAACGAGUCCAAAAUAUUACUAUACUACUAAUCUACAUAUUUCCACCUUGAUAAUGAUGUAGUAUUUAUGUAUUUUUUCACUGUCCGAGGUAGAAGAAACACCUUUAUUGAGAAAACAUUCACUGAAAACACCAAGAUUGGUUUACAGUUAUAGUGAGGCACUUAAGCCUUCUAUGUAGUAUAUGUCGAUCAUUUUGAAGCAUGGGGUUUCCAUAGAUAUGAGUGGAUAUACUAUUUGUACAGGGUUGUGUUUUUAAUGCCUAUUAAAAAAAAAAGAAAUAUAAGCUGAAUCUUACCCCUUCAAACAUCCCUGAUUCUCUAACCUAAACCCUAUUUCUCAGUUAUUCCAUCCAUAAAGUAAUUUCUAGACAAGAAGAGAUGGUCUUUCUGUCUUAGGAGUUAUAGGUUCUUCUCUUAUUUUAGGGUUAUUGUCAUACUGGUUCGAUUUUUAUCCCACUUGUCAAUGAAGAUUUAUUAAAGCUUUGUUAAUCUUUCCAGUGAUGAAUGAAGAUAAAAUUUCAACACAACAGUAAAUCAAACUGGUUUUGGUAACAUUACCCAUCAAUCCACCCUUCCUCCAAAGUGAUUUUUCUGAGGGCCAGAAAGAAUACUGCUUUGUCCUUUAAUUUAAGAAAUUAUCCUUGAUCUAAUUCACUAGAAAACCAAAACUCUUUGUUUUUGUUAGUUUUAAUUGUCAUUUUAAGUGAGCAAACCAAAUUUGGGUGUUUUAAAAGAGACUCAUGAUUUUUACAUAUUUUACUUCAGAAUUCAACUUUGCAUUUAUACUUCAUUAAUAGCUUUGUUUUCCCAUUACACCUAGAAGAAGCUCCUGAUCUUCUUUAAGAAAAUGUAAUUUUUGUGUGUGUGUGUGGGCAUGAUUUAAUAUUAAAUUGCCAACUGUUACAUUUGCUGUCCCUUUGUUAAUGUGAGACUUACAUUCUCAGCCUUGUUCUGUCACAGGUGAGCGUGGGCUUCACAGCGUUCCCUUAAGCACAUAAAAACCACAAUAUGCAUGUAUUUAAACCUAUGACAUUUGAUUGAUUUGUUCUUCCUCCAGUUUGUAUUCUAAUCCUUUCUUUCUUGAAAUAGAGACUAAAUUUCUUUCCAAGUGGGAUAAAAGCAAUAUUCAUACAAGGGAAAGGAGAUAUUUUUCAUAUCAAGUAAAAUUUAUUUAACUCAAGGUUUCUCAGACUCAUCACCAGAUUCUGUAACUGCUUUUCUGCAUUUUUCCUAAAUAAUAUAAAAAAAAUAAUGAUAAUAUAUACAGUAUUAUUCACCUGCCUCCGAGUAUCUGAGUCCAAAAGCUUUCCAAACACAGGAUAUCUCUUCUCCCUGAUUCGUUUUAAUCAAUGUGCACAUUUUUUCUUAUUGAGCUUGAUAAUGAAGACAACAAAAUAAAUUUUAAUUAUAUAAUACAUCUUAAUCUUAAACUACUUAGGACUCUGGGCUAUGAGAAGAUUAUAAUAAAUCAGGAAAAAAUUUCAGUUUCAAGAAUAUCUUGAUUUUCCCAAUUUUUACCCACUGACUACUUCAGAAUUGUUGACUGAAGAUUUAUUAUACAUAAUUAUUUAAAAUUUUAAAUAAAUUACAUCUUAUGGUCUUGAAUGGAAUAUGUUUUUAAAUUUUAAAGAUCUCCCUGAAAUCUUUAAUCAAGCUUCCUUUUUUUUAUUCCAACUGCCUAACUCAAAAAUAUAAUUAUUGAUUACUUCACAUUGAUAAAGAUAGAUAUAAUUUUUAUUGUGAGACUACAUCAAAAUAUAGGAUAUGCUUAUCAAAUACUAGUCUCUAAAAAUUUCUAAAGAUUGUAUUACAAAAUCCAUCCAAAACAAAUUUAUAUGUAAUAAACAAUGACUCAAAGAGAAUUAAAUUAGCCACAAGAGAGAAUACUAGUGAGAAAAUUUUCUACCACUGCAUUUUUGUUUAAAAAAAAAAUAGCUUUUAGUUCAAUAAGAGAUUUCAUUUGCCUCUUUUUAUAACAAACCCAUAUUAUAUUGACCUUAUGUAUUUUUUGUUCUAGCUCAUUGUCUUAAUAUAAUAUAAAGCAACCCAUUUCCUAUGAAUACUGAUUUAUUUUUAAUUACAGGCAACACUAACAAUACUGAAAUAAUGUCUUAAAUACUUUGUUUUUGGUGACUGGAUAAUAUAUUAAGCAUUUGUUUGACAGAAUUACCUCAAAAAUAAUGUUGGCCAAUGGUUUUGAAAAGAAAGAAAUCUAGGAGUCUGGCAUAUAGGAUUUUCUCUAAAUUACAAGAACACAGCUUAACCAUAAGGCGUGUAUACAUAUGUGUACCUAUACACACACAUAUAUAUUAUACACAUACACUAAGUAUGUGUGUGUGUUUAUGCAAAUAUAUAUGCAUAUAUGUGGUAUCUGAGAAACUUUAACUAGUUUUUGAUCACCCAAAUUAUAUUUUCUUGCGCGAGCCAGGGAGGAGGGUGGGAAAAACAAAAAGAAAACCCUGUAUUUACUGAAAUUAUUAAAAUAACCGAUAUAGUACAUGCAUAACAUAUUCUUGGUUCUGACUUCAGAAUAAAUACUACUGCUGGUAUAUCACUGGAGUAAUGUUGUUUCUCCUCUAAAAUCCAAGAUUUUACUCAAUAGUUGAAUCUUCUGAUUUUUCUUUAUCUUUCACUCUGUAUGUACUACCUGAGUUCUAAACUUAUAACAAGUAUACGAGAAGCUUAUGAGUGUGGACUUUAGAUAUCUGUGUUUUCAUCACUGUUCUGCCUUUUACCAGCUGUGUGACCUUAGACAAUUUGUUGAACUUUCCUGAGUCAUAGUUUUUUUUCUUUUUGUAAAAUGGCAACAGUAAGAGUAAUUACUUAUUGGAGAAUUGUAAACACUAAAUGAGAAUAUAUGUGGAUAUUUUAACACAAUACCCGUUAUAGUAAUGCGGGAAUAUUAAUUACAAAAAUAAUGUAUAAGAUUUCAAUCACUCUCUCUUCUUUCAUUGCACAGUUUCUUAGGGCUAUGAUAGGAAAAUACCACAAAGUAGGUGGCUUUAAAGAACAGCAAUCUAUUGUCCCAUGGAGCCCUGGUGGUGUAGUGGUUGAGAGCCAAGGCUAUGAGUUUAAAUCCAGGUUGUUGGCAGGGCCGUGCUCUGUCUGCUGUAGGGGAAGAUAAUUCUUUGCCUCUUUCAGCUUCUGGCAGCCCCGGGUAAUUCUUGGUGCUCCUUGGCUUGUAGAUAGGCCUCUACAUCGCAUCUUCCCAUUGUGCAUGGAAUUCUCUAUAUCUGUUUUUCCUUUUUAUAUACCACUUAGAAGGGAUUAGGUUUAGGACCCACCCUACUCAGGUAUGAGUUUAUCAACACGACAAAAGAAAACCCCUAUUUCCAAACGGGCACAC